AUGUUAGCUGAUAAAUCUGCAGUAAAAAUUCAAAGUGCUUAUCGUAAUCAUCAGGCUCGACUUAGAUUAAAAAAACGAGCAGCAUGGCAAAUACAUGAAAAACUUGAAUAUUCUAGUGAACAAACUGAAGCAAAACUAAAGGAUAUAUUUGAAAAAUUACUCAGAGCAUCUGAUUCACUUGCUCCAUCUGUUUCAAAAUUACUUCAGAAAGCUCGAUUACCUGUGGAAGAAAAAGAACUUUUAAGAUUAACAGAUCCUGAUAGUAUUUCUGUUGAAGCUAGUUAUUAUGGACCACGCAUCGAAGGUCCAAUUACAAGACAGACAUUUGUAGAUUUAAUUGAAGCUUUUCAAUAUGGAGAAAUUUUACAUGAAAAAUAUGUCUGUCAAAUUCUUCAUCAAGCACGUGCUAUACUUAAAACUUUACCAAAUUAUAAUCGUAUUGGUUUAUCUCAUUUACAUCAUAUAUACAUUAUUGGUGAUCUUCAUGGACAAUUAGCUGAUUUAUUACAUAUAUUUAAUGAGAGACAGAAAACACCAUUACUUGAUCUAUUUAAAGAUGUAUUUAGUUGGUUACCAAUAUAUUCUUCUGUUCAUGCAAAAAAAUCUAAACUUAUGAUAGUACAUGGAGGAAUAUCUAGUCGUGUUGAUCUACAAAAAAUAACGUCUCUUACAAGAAAUCGAUAAGUACCACCAAAAUCUAAAAAUGGUGGUCAACGAUUGACUCCUGAUGAAGAUAAUGAAUAUCGUCAAAUGCAAGAUUUAUUGUGGAGUGAUCCAGAUCCUCAUAAUCGUCAAGGUUGUCGAAACAAUGAUGACAGAAAUAUAGGCUGUUUUUUUGGUCCAGAUAUAACAGAACAAUUUCUUAAUGAAUAUAACUAUUCAAUGCUUAUACGUUCACAUCAAGUCAAAGAAAGAGGCUAUGAAUUUACACAUGAUCACAAAGUUUUAACUGUUUUUAGUGCAUCAAAUUAUUGUGGUGAAUCAAAUUGGGGUGCAGUUAUACGAUGGGAUUAUAACGAACAAGAACCAUUAUUAAUUCAAUAUAAAAUUGAACAUGUUGAAAUGAAAAAAUUAAGUUUUAAUAAAGAAGUAACAUUAUUCGAAGAUCCAGCUUAUCAAUCAUUAGUGGAAAAAAUUAUGACAAAUAAAAGUUUACUUCAAAAAGAAUUUGAAAGAGCAGAUAGAUAUCAAACUAAUCAUUUAUCUUUGACAGUUUGGUCUAAGAUUAUGACGAAUGUACUUCAUAUUGAUUUACCUUGGCUUAUAUUACGUUCAAAACUUGUACGAGAAGAUACACAAGGAAUUCUUUAUAAUACAAUGUUUGAUGGAUAUAUUUUAGAUAAUACAAGAUUUCAAAUGUCUAAUCCUGGUAUUAUGGAAGAUUUAUAUAUGUGGAAAGACACGCUUAUACAAUUAUUUAAUUUAAUAGAUUAUGAUCAUUCAGGUUUUAUAAGUCAUAAUGAAUUUGCUGAUGUUGUUAAACUUAUACUUUAUGAUGAAUAUGGUAUCGGUGAUAUAAAUGAAGCAUAUAUUGAAGAGCUUAUUUCUGCUAUGGAUUUAGAUAAAAAUGGAAGAAUUGAUAUUAAUGAAUUUCUUGGUAAGAUUUGA